AUGGGGGCUUUCUUCCAGUCCAUUAUCAAGCAUGCUUCUAUGGUUAAGGGCGCUAAGGCCCAUGCUUUUGGUGGUGAUGACAAGAGGCCACGUCAGACUGGCAGUUUUGGGGGUUCUGGUUCGAGGGGUGCCGGUCAGUUUUCGAGGCCAUCUCAGCCCUAUUCCAAUAGUCCCGUGCAUUCAACAUUACCGGCUUUCUCUAGUGAGUUACUUAGGCAGAGAGCUCCUGAGAGUUUGUUCUCUAGACCGGUGGGCAGGGCUGCUUCAUCCGGGUCUUCAGCUUCCGUGUUUCAGCACUCGACUCCUCUUACUUGUUACUCUUGUGGGGAGGUUGGGCAUGUUUCCAGGAGAUGUCCCCGACCUAGGCAGGAUCAUCAGCCGCCGAGGACUCAUGUAUCAUCCGGUGGUCGAGGCGGGACUUCUCAGAGAGGCGAUGCUCAGUCAGGCCGCGGUACUUCACAUGGUUCUAGAGGUAAGUCCCAGCCAGCUAGAAGUGGUACUCAGAGUGCGAGAGGGUUAUCCCAGACUGGGCAUCGUGGAGCCUAUUAUUUCUCAUUUCUUGGUAGGCCCGAGGCAGAGGCCUCAGAUGCUGUGAUCGGAAAUGAGACAAGGGUAAAGGAGGAGGAAUCCCCACAGAAAGAGAAAGACAAGGAUUUCCACAAAAAGGUUAAGUCUACCGUACAAUUCAGCAGUAACGGGAAUAGGAAAUUCUUUAAGAACAAGUCAGCAGGACCUGCUCCAUCCACAACAAGUGCCCCAGUCCCUAAGUUCCGAAAUGACAAGAAGCAGAUCUUCAGACCAUCGAGUUCUUAUUCUCAAGCUAGUGUGAGCCAGUCAGCCUAUACUAUUCCAGCUUGCAGCAAGUGUAGCAAGAGACACUUAGGUGAGUAUCGUAUGGGUACAGAUGCGUGCUAUCGUUAUGGCCUGAAAGGAUACAUUUAG